AUGCGUGUCCUCCUUACUGGCGGCACAGGCAAGACCUCGGUCCGCCUUGCCCGCUUCCUUCAGAAUGAAAACAUUCCCUUCCUGCUGGCCUCUCGUCGCGGUCUCGCCGCCGCCCCUUCUGGCAUGCCAGCCGUCAAAUUCGACUGGCUGGACCAGUCCACCUGGAAGGAACCCUUUCAGCACCGCUUUGCCGGGGGCGGGACCAUCUCGGCCAUCUAUCUCAUGGAACCACUGGUCGCCGAGCCCUGGAAGCCCAUGAACGAGUUUAUCGACUAUGCGCGCAAGGAACAUGGGGUGGGCCGGUUUGUGCUGGUGGCGGGUAGCUCCGCUGAACCGUCACAGCCGGGCAUGGGAAUGGUGUGGCAGCAUUUUCUGGACACAGGAGUCGACUACUGCGUACUUCGGCCCAGUUGGUUCAUGGGUAAGUGUACCUGA